CGUGCAAAUAGGUCACACGCACAGACCCAGGCAUUGUCCUGGCAGCUGGCAGCUGGCUGGCGAGCCCGCGAGCAAUGUGCAUGACACGGUGUUGUCGAUCACUCGAGACCUGGACAUGACUCGGAUGUGCGGACCAAACGAGUGCCGUGGGAGGUCGUGGCAACACUGCUUUGUCCACCCCUUGAUUAUGUUGCGCCCCGCGCUGCGCCGUGAACUCGCAAUGGGAUGCGCGCUCGAGCGUCAGAGCCCCCUGCCCCUGGCCCACAUGACAACGCGGAGCAGCGCAGUCGGUCACCAGCUCACAGGCGAUCGCGACCAAGACAGAGAGGGACAGGAGGGGGAGGUGGGGGUAGAUGGAAGGCAAAGGAGACCUAGGCGGAGAGGGAGAGCCACCGUGCACACUUCUCUUCUCCCUUGCGACUCUGGCAACGGGCGCUCUGCUCACCGCUCUCGACCAUCCAUCCCUCGUCCCCUUUUACCCACUCAUGCCUCUCACACACACUGUCAGAGGCGCCCUCGCCUCUCGCCUCGCCGAUCCUCGAAGGUCCCGCCGGUCGGUGGCUGCCGCUUGCCCCGUCGCCCCGCCUGCACGCUGGCUACUCAGAAUGUGCCACCGGGCCACCGAGCAGCCACCAGACGUCGUGCCGUCGGCCGUCGCACCGCACAGUCACCUUCCCCCCUUCGCCCUUCACUCCUCUCUUCCUCGUCACCCAUCCUCCCACCAUUAUCCUUUCAUACUUUCGUUCUUUCAUUCUCUCAUUCUCUCAUUCUCCCAAUUUCUCUCCAUUUAUCUCUCUCUCUCUCUCUCUCUCUCUCCUACAAUCCUCUUUCCUCCUCAUCCUCUCAGCUCCUUGUCCUGUAGACACACUUUGCGCCGCUUCCUUGCUUACAUCGUGUCCACAAGCACCGCCUGUCCCGCUCGUCCCCACCUCUUCCUAGCCUCUCCCCCUCCCACCCUCCUAACAUCUCGCCCGGAAGCUUUGUGUUGACCACCCACUCAGGACGCACUUUGUGACCGAGGAGACACGCGCACGAGAAGGAUACCUGCAAGCUUCCACGUCCUCUUGGUUCCAUCCCAACCAUACCCACGUUCUUCCCCUCUAUCAC